AUGGCCACCCGCAGGAUCAUUUCGACAGAGAAGACCAUUCUCGACAAAGAUGACACCGUAGGCGCCAGCCCAGCAGCCGACCAGAAGUCCGACAUCAAGCCAGCCGUGCCCACGGAUGUAAUACUAAAGCUCCUCGGCUUCACGCUGGCCAUGAUCGUCUUGCCCAUCGGAUCGUACUAUGCGACGGUCAACACCGUCUUCAAAGGCAAUUCUACCUUUGCAGGCGCUCUGGCUGCCAUCAUGGCCAAUGUCGUGCUCAUCGCUUAUGUGGUUGUUGCGAUGAGAGAGGAUCAGUCGGAGCAGCAGCAAGAAACAAAGAAGGAUCGCUGA